AUGACAGAUACUGGUGUCAAGAUAGAUGCUUCGACUAUCGCCGAUCCUUUUAGCUUGGCCGUACGUCAAUAUAUUGAUCAUGAAAUGAAUGGUGUGGGUCCAAAGCUUGUAGGUUUGCUUGCACAUGGUGACCCAGCUGCGAAAAAGUAUGCCGAAUGGACUGGUAAAGCUUGUGCACGUGAUGGAAUUCGGUACGAGCUACGUGAAGUUCCCAAAGAUGAACUUCUUGAAGCUCUGGAUCAAGCAAAUCAUGAUCCAGAUGUGCAUGGUAUUCUUGUCUACUAUCCAUGCUUUGGUACCUUUCCAAGCUUCUUUGGUGGUACCAUGGACGAUUUCUUACGGGAUAGUAUAAGUAUCAAGAAAGACGUGGAAGGUUUGUGUCAAUACUAUCGCGGAAAUCUAUAUCGCAAUAUUCGCUUUAUAGAUGACGAAAAGACACAAAAAUGUGUCUUGCCUUGUACUCCACUUGCUAUCGUCAAGAUCCUCGAACAUCUUGGCAUUUAUGACAAGUCAAAGCCGGAUGGAAAUCAUUUGGCUGAUAUCAAGAUUACUAUUAUAAAUCGUAGUGAUAUUGUUGGUCGUCCAUUGGCUGCAAUGCUUGCGAAUGAUGGUGCUGACGUCUAUAGUGCCGACAUUGAUUCACUUUAUCUCUUUCGUCGUGGUAAACUCAUUCCAAGUGAUGAAACUCAAGAGACAGCAUGCAAGAAAUCGCGUGUUAUUAUUACUGGUGUACCGGUCAAAAGCUAUAAGCUACCACUCAACUGGGUAAGUGAAAAUACUGUGAUCAUUAACGUUGCUUCGUUUAAAAAUGUAGAUGAAGCAGAGUUGUUGAAAAUCAAGGGUGUACAAUAUGUGCCACUUGUUGGAAAAGUCACGGUUGCUAUGCUUGAACGCAAUCUCUUGCGUCUAUACGAGAAUUUUCAUUGGAAACCAAAGAAAGUCUGGCAAUAA